AUGGAGGCAAAUCCUACAUUUAGGAAAAGACUUCCUCUUGCAGAACAUAGGGAAAGCCAGAGAUUGGUAUUUGCAUGCUUUCCUGCUGUUUCCUCCAGAGAUGCAGAAGAUGCCGUCUAUGCCCGCGAUGGGUAUGAUUAUGAUGGCUAUCGUCUUCGGGUGGAGUUUCCCAGGAGCGGGAGAGGAGGUUUUGGCGGUGGUGGCGGCGGCGGAGGAGGUGGUGGUGGAGGCGGCGGUGCUCCUAGGGGCAGAUAUGGACCCCCCUCCAGACGUUCAGAGUACAGAGUGAUCGUAUCGGGGCUUCCACCGAGUGGCAGCUGGCAGGAUCUGAAGGAUCACAUGCGCGAAGCAGGUGAUGUAUGUUAUGCUGACGUUUUCCGAGAUGGAACUGGGGUGGUGGAGUUUGUUCGCAAAGAAGACAUGACCUACGCUGUUCGCAAACUGGAUAACACAAAAUUCCGGUCGCAUGAGGGAGAAACCGCGUACAUCCGUGUGAGGGUGGACGGCCCCCGCAGUCCGAGCUAUGGACGAUCAAGAUCAAGGAGCCGCAGUCGCAGCAGGAGUCGCAGCCGCAGCAACAACCGUAGCCGAAGCUACUCCCCGCGCCGCAGCCGAGGAUCCCCGCAGUACUCCCCGCGUCAUAGCCGCUCCCGCUCUCGCUCCUAAACAUGCCCCCUCGGAGCCCUUGAGCCAUGUUUUUAUAGUCUUUACACAAACCCCAUGUUUUAAUUCCACCUUUCUUGUUUCAUGAGACACUGAUCUUAUGUUUUGUUUUGUUUUUUUUCUCCCUGCAAUGGUUAUUUUUAAAUACGCAUUUUUAUCCCCUUUUUUUUCUUUCAUAGACCAAACGAAGGGUUAUGUAAUGGCUCCCAAUAUUUUUGUAAAUGCCAUGUAUGAGUUAUUCAUGGGUUAGUGGGUUUCUCAAUUGUUUUAUGCUGUCUUCCUCUAGACGUGACACAGAACUGAUGCUUUGUAAUAAAGGAUUGCUAAAUCUAA